AGGUCGGCAGCCAGGUUACUCACAAGGCGCGCAGCCGGUUGGACCAGGAUAUGUCGUUCGCGGGCACCAGAGAAGACGACGAGAACCAGUCGGAUCUGGUCGGCGAGCUGGGCUUCCACGAGAAGCUCGUCGAGGGGCUUCCCAAGCUGCAGCAGAACUGCAAGAUCCAGCGUGCCGCGAGCGAUUGCGAGAGGGCCGAGCUGAUCUUGUCCCUGCUCAUCAACAGCACGGUCGGUCCAGAGCCGAAGCCGCCGUACACGCACAAUUCUCUGGCCAAUGGCAUGGCUGGGCUGAGCUUCUUCCUGUACUUCCCGGGCCCCAUGUACGCGUUCGCGACCCUGGAUACGAAUCACGAUAACGUAGUGCAGAUGUCUGAGGUCUGGAAGAAUAUUCCGAUCGAGACGGGGGACGGCACCCUGCUGGUGGAGAACGGGUUCUUCGAGGUCCUCGACGGAAAUUUCAAGGAUGGCAACGUGACUCGGACAGACAUGUACGAGUACAUGCGCUCGCUGAUCCUGGUUCGAGACGUUGUGAGAGACAUGGACCUGGUGAACCCCUACGCGCCCACGCCCAAGUGCCUGAUAUCCGCCCGGAGGGUGCUGGAGGGGGCGAAGCUGCCUCGGCCGAAGUUGGGCUACUGGACGAAGCUCAUAUGCAUCUUUUUCAUCUUCACAGGUGCGCUCGCCUCCCACUUCUUCUUCUGCGCCCCGCCGCCGAAGGAGGACAGGGAAUACUACUAGCCGCUUCUCAAGCCCAGCUGGUCGUAGGCCGCUGGGCGCUCGGACCUUGCGCUGCGGCGCGGACGCUGGGCCGUGCGAGCCAGGCCGGGCCGCGCGGGCGGCGCGCGCGGCCCCGGCGCAAGGCGGGAGAAAGGCGCGCGGGCCUACGGGCGCGGCGCCGGCCGCGGCGGGG